CCAGGGGACCGACAUGGCCCAGAAGAGUCCCAGCCCCGCCCUGGAGCCCGAGCACGUCCAGCGGCUGCUGCUCUCCUGCCGGGAGGCCAAGAAGUCCGCCUACUGCCCCUACAGUCGCUUCCCCGUGGGGGCCGCCCUCCUCACCGGGGACGGGAGGAUCUUCUCCGGGUGCAACAUAGAAAAUGCCUGCUACCCACUGGGCGUCUGUGCUGAACGAACCGCCAUCCAGAAGGCCAUCUCAGAAGGGUACAAAGAGUUCAGGGCAAUCGCUAUCUCCAGUGACUUGCAAGAUGAUUUUAUCUCCCCAUGUGGGGCCUGCCGGCAGGUCAUGAGAGAGUUUGGCACUGACUGGGCUGUCUACAUGACCAAGCCGGAUGGCACGUACGUUGUCAGGACAGUCCAGGAGCUGCUGCCUGCCUCCUUUGGGCCCGAGGACCUGCAGAAGAUCCAGUGAGGGACGGGGAACACCCACCGCCUGGGAGACCCUGGGUUCCCACACGUGCUUAAGGGGACAGCCACUCAGAGAUCUUCAUGAAGAUGUACUCACAGACCUGGGGACGCCUGCCUAGUGGUCCCCAACCCCACAGGCGCUGGGCAGAGAUGACUUUUCCAAAUUACACUCAAGCACUGGGGUUUCUACUGAAGUGAUACAGGGUUUCCCUCCAGCCUGGGCCUACAGCCCCUCCUUGCAACCCUCCUGGUCCUCCCUAGGACUCAGAGCGCCCCCGUCCCUCUCUUCCGUCCUGCCAAGUCUGUGCUAUCCUGCUUGGUUCUAUCCUAUCUAAGGUUCUAUCCUGCUCUGAGCG